CUCCUCGCCCGGCUGAGCCUCGUUGUGCGGCGCUGCGCCCCGUCGCGGGCGGGGGGGGCAACAAAGGAUCAUGGAGGGGGGGGCGCCUGCCCAGCAGGCAUCUCAACGGGAUGCAACACCUGCCUGUCGUCUUCUGCCGACACCUGCCGAUUCCAACCAAAUCUUUGACCGGGAGGAUCAAGUGGCUGAGAUUGCCCUGACUUUGGUGGCCUCCUUCCAAGCCAUGGAGAAGAAGGUGGAUUUGCACACCACCCGCCUGCUGGACCUGGAAGGCAGAACCGGGACGGUGGAGAAGAAGGUUCUAGAUUGCGAGAAGACGACGGGGGAGAUCGGCGGGCAGCUGGAGAGCAAGUGGGCCGCGUUGGGGACCCUCAUUCAGGAAUACGGCCUACUGCAACGCCGCUUGGAAAACAUGGAGAACCUGUUGAAGAACCGCAACUUCUGGAUCCUGCGCUUCCCGCCGGGCUCCAAGGGAGAGUCCCCGAAAGUGCCAGUGACCUUUGACGACAUGUCGGUCUACUUCAACGAGAAGGAAUGGGAGAAACUGGAAGAAUGGCAGAAGGAACUCUACAAGAAUUUGAUGAAGGGCAACCACCAGUCCUUGGUCUCUUUGGAUUAUGCCAUUUCCAAGCCAGGCGUUUUGUCGCAGACCGAGCGGACGACCGACGAACAGGACUCAGAAGAACAGGGAAGGCUUCCCGACCCCACAGCAGCUGGCAUCAGGGUGGUGAUCAAAACGGAAGAGCCUCAUUCCGACGAAUGUCCUGGAGACUUGGAGCAACAUCAGAUGUCCGGGAGUUCGGAGGGAGAUUUCCAAGGCUUGGACCCUGAAGCCCCCUGCGGCAGCCCCUACAGCGCAGCCACUCCGUUGGGGAACUUUGCCAGGAACAACAACCUGGAGGAAGGAAGCGAGUACGACGUGAACUUUGGCGAGAUCAAGAGGGUCACUGUGCAGCACAGCAACUGCACGGGUGAGUAGAGGAUCCCUCAGCUGGCAUGCUUUAAGGGUUCCACCACA